ACGGACAGGUGGACGGUGAGACGGACAGGUGGACGGUGGGGCGUUGAGAAUGCGCGCGGCGGGCAGCAGCAGCUCGCGGUGAUCUUCGGUACCGAGAGGCGGAGCAGCGCGAGGAGCAGAGCGGAGCCAUGAGCUGCAACUGGGGCACCGAGCUGUGGGAUCAGUUUGAUAAUCUGGAGAAACACACCAGCUGGGGAAUCGACUUCCUGGAGAGAUACACCAAGUUUGUGAAAGAGCGAGCUGACAUCGAGCUGAGCUACGCCAAACAGAUCAGGAGUCUGUCUAAGAAGUUCCACCCGAAGAGGAGCAGAGAAGAUGAAAGCAGGUACACCUGGUGUUUGUCAUUUGCGGCGACUCUUCAGCAGCUAAAUGAACUUGCAGUCCAUAAAGAAGAACUCGCUGAAAACCUGAACACACAGAUCGUCUGUGAGUUGACCCGAUACACCCAGGAGCUGAAGACGGAGAGGAAGACUCAUUUCCAAGAUGGCCGCCGUGCCCAGCAGCACAUUGAGAGCUCCUGGAAACAGCUGGAGUCUAGUAAACGUCGGUUUGAACGUGACUGUAAGGAGGCGGAGCGAGCUCAACACAUCUCCGACAGAAUCGACCUCGACAACAAGACGGACGGAGAAAAGGCGCGUCAGACAGCUCAGCAGAAACAACAAGCUGCUGAAGAGUCCCGGAAAGACUAUGUGACCAGUUUAAACCAGUUUAACCAGGACCAGCACCAGCACUACCACACACUGGUACCACGUAUCCAGGACAUGGAAGAACGGCGGAUCGAGAGAAUCGGUGAAGCGAUGCGUUUGUCGGCUGAGGCAGAGAGAAAAGUUCUUCCUGUUGUGAGUCGCUGUUUGGAUGCCACGAUGGAUGCUGCUGAGAGCAUCCAGCCCAGAAAGGACACCCGUCAGGUGGUGGAGGUGUACAAAUCUGGGUUUGACCCUCCAGGGGACGUUGAGUUCGAAGACUACAGCGCCACCAUGAGGCGGAGCAUCUCUGAAUCCAGUUACCUCGACAACCGAACUGAAGGGCGGAGACACAGCAGAAAGCUGUGGCCUUUCCUACGCAAAAACAAGCUGUUGACCCUCCUGUCCUCCCCUCGGCAGCCUCCACCUCCACCUCCAACCUCACCUUCACCGGGGGGUGUGGUUAACAGUCCCCAGUCCCCACCCCCAGCCUCCAGAGAGCCAAUCGCACAGCGGCUGAAUGACCUCAUGACCUCUGGCUCCAGAACCAGGAAGCAGUGUCUUCGCAGCCUCAAGAGAGGGCUGUCACUGAAACUGGGCUCCAGUCCAGCCGACUGCAGCCACCUGCCUCCAGAGCAGAGAAGGAAGAAGCUCCAGAGCAGAAUCAGCUCCAUGAGCCAGGAGAUCCAGAGAGAGAGAGAGCAGAGAGACGCUCUGCUGAAGAUGAGGGAGGUUUAUGAGCGCAGCCCUCAGAUGGGAGACGCCGGCAGUCUGGAGCCGCGGCUGGAGGAGGUGAAGCAGAACCUGCAGCGGCUGGAGGAGGAGCUCCGGAGGAACCAGCUUGUCAAACGUCCUUCCUCAUCACAUUGUGAGUUCUUGCUGUGGUGUUUCCAGAGCCGCUGACUUAAAGCUGCCUCCGUCUGUGUCUCUGUCCUCAGUCCUGACGGCAGCUACACUGAGGACCACAGUGCUGAGCUUCACUUUAAGUCUCGCAGUUCAGAGUUUGAUGAUGAUUUCGAUGAUGAAGAACCGCUACCGAGUAUCGGCACCUGCAAGUCUCUUUACCCAUUUCAAGGCCAGAACGAAGGCACUCUGUCGAUGGUGGAGGGAGAACUGCUUUCUGUGGUGGAGGAGGACAAGGGUGAUGGCUGGACCAGAGUGCGGAGGAACCUGGAGGAGGAGGGAUAUGUUCCCACAUCCUACAUCAAAGUCUUCCUGGACAGCAGUGCCAAAGGCUUUGUGCACAGUAGUCGGCUAGUCUAGCUAAUCGACCAGUGAGGACGUCUCGCCACAGGAAGUGAUGUAAAGAGCUCAGAGGAGGUCGGGUAACAGCUUCUUACUGGACAGUUUUACUCUUCAGAUAUCUCAGCCAAUCAGAUGACAGACAAAAACCCACAAAGGGCAGAAAUCAAUCAGAAGUCAAUAAGAAAUGAUUCAGGUCCCCAAACAAUUGAUGUGACCCAGAACAGAUCCAGAUGAUCACUUUUCUCUUCGUUUCUCAUUAAUGCUGGUGAAGAAUAGAAACGAAAUCCUGAACUUAAUCCUUCAACUGGAACUUUUUGUGUUCGCAUUUCACGUCACAUGAAAACUUUAUUGAUAAACAUCAUUUUAUUAAAACACAAGUAUGAAGAUGAGACAAGAGCUUUGAACAGCAACGGCCAGAAACGGAGCCUAGAGCUGAACGCCGUGGUGACGUCACAGCGCUGCACGCUGUCAGUGUGACAUCACAGGAGGCGUGGUCAUGCUAAAGAGUUGACUGUGUGUACAUAGAAACUGUAGCUGCACAGGUGUAGCCCCGCCCCUGCUUACAUUAGCCACACCCAGAACAACAGCCAGUGUUGACUCUGCCCCUAUUUAUAGCCCCGCCCAUCCAUUACCCCGCCCCCUGCUCGUUGCUUAAUUAUCAUUUUUAUUGAUUGAUUGUGUGAAAUGUGAACUUUUUUAUUUUAGUGAGACAUCGAUCAGUUAUGUAUUGAUUUUUUAUUAAGACGUGAGACUGCUGAUCACGCGCUUUUCAACUUCCUGUUACACUUUCAAAAUAAAGUACACUGAAUCAA